UUGUACGGGCGUACCGAUACAUAAGUGUUUUAAUCUUAAAUUCAAAUUAUAAUUACAUUACAGCAUUAUCCUUAUAGAUUUUCAUUAUAUUCACUUCGAAACUUACAAGUGAUUGAUCCUACUUUUUGUGUUUCUUUCAAUGAACCGAAAUUGAUACGUAGUUAUUAAAUAUUAGCUGUAAACACGUUACCCAAAUCUUAUAAAUUUCAUAUUACUAUGUCGAUGAAUAAUGUGUGAGUCAUUACCUUUUUAUUUGCGCAUUUAAGUCCUUACGGUAGCAUCGACUAAAAUGGCUGAUUUAAUACGCGCUAUGGGGGCUCCAAUCGGACCCCCUGUAAAGGAUAAGUUAGGGUCUCCGUCGACUGAAUCUGAAGACGGUGGUGCAGAUCAAGCAGAAUUAGCUGCAGAUCUCGAAUUGGACGAGGCAGAUGGCCCUAGUACUAAUGGGGAACGCCAGGCAGUGCUGGCUCCACCGGAAUCAGAAUGGUAUCAUGGACGCUUGGACAGAUAUACUUCUGAGGAAAGGCUGUGGGCAGCAAGCAAGCAAGGGAGCUAUCUGGUUCGUGAAAGUGACAGGAAACCAGGCUCUUAUGUAUUGAGUUACUUGGGACGUACUGGAAUCAAUCAUUUCAGAAUCACAGCAGUAUGUGGUGAUUAUUACAUCGGCGGUCGGCAGUUCGAUUCCUUGACGGAGCUGGUAGGCUUCUACAGUCACUGCUCUGAUCUGCUGAAGAGAGAACGGCUGGUCGAACCUGUUCCACCUCCUGAACCUGUCAAUGAUAAAAAGCGUGUGGUGGCAAUACUGCCGUACACCAAGAUGCCGGACACGGACGAGCUGACGUUCCAGAAGGGGGACAUAUUCUUCGUCCACAAUGACAUGGGCGAUGGCUGGCUGUGGGUCACUGCGCAUCGCACGGGGGAACAAGGUAUGAUCUUCAGGGAGUUGGUCGAGGAUUUGGAUCCAUCUAUCGAUCCUAAUACAGUAUUCUCGUGGUUCCAUCCGAACUGCACUAAAAGCGAAGCUGUCGAUAUGCUGGUGAAGGCAGGUCCUGGCAGCUUCCUCGUCAGACCCUCGGACAAUUCGCCCGGGGAUUACUCCUUGUUUUUCCACAUCAACAACCAGAUACAGAGGUUCAGGAUAGAGAAGAAAGGAGUUAGAUAUCUGAUGGGUGGAAGAGUCUUUGAAUGUCUCGAUGCAGUCAUCAAUAGAUAUAGAAAGGAGCAAAUUGUAGAAGGACAUACAUUGGGACAACCGUUAAUAGCCGAAGGUCAUCAUAUCGAACCACAACAAAAUACAACAGGAGCGGCCGCGGAGAAAAUAUACGCAACUCUCAGAGAGUGUAGAGAUCAAAUAGGUCUGAAGAAAAUGAAAGGAAUCAAACAUCAAGGAUAUUUGAAUAAGAAAUCUGAUAAAGCCGCUAAGAAAUGGAAGGCACUCUACUUCGUUCUGUUACAAGAAGGCACAGACACUCAUUUGUAUUUCUAUGAUUCACCGAAGAGAACCAAACCUAAAGGUUUGAUAGAUCUCUCGUGUGCAUACUUGUAUCAGGUGCACGAGUCGCUGUGGGAGCGCGAGUUCUGCUUCCAGCUGGUGGAGCGCGCGCUGCCCUGCCUCUCCACGCACACCUUCCUGGCGGCCAGCUCGGCCGCCGACGAGCGCGCCUGGCUCGACGCGCUGCGCCCGCUCUGCGUGCCGCAGCAGGCGCGCCACCAGUGCAAGGUGGCGCGCGUGGUGUGGCUGCGGGCGCUGCGCGUGCGCUGCGUGACGGCGCACCGGCUGCCGCCGCGCCUGGCGCCGCGCCCGCACCUGCGCCUGGCGCUGGGCGCCGCGCCCGUCGCCCGCACGCGCGCCAAGCCCUCGCCGGACCCCCACUGGGAUGACGAGUUUGUCUUCGACGACGUGCCUCCGGAUGUGACGUCAUUCACUAUCACAGUGCAUAAUACAGGGAAACGAGGUAAAGAGUCUGAGGUAGCAGAAUUGACAAUAGAGCUUGCAAAUCUGGCUAAUGGAGAAGAAGUAGAAGAGUGGUAUCCCCUUGCUGGUAUGACACCGAUUGGUGAAUGGGGCUCAUUGAGGCUACGUAUAAGAUACAUGCAGGAGCUGGUGAUGCCUCGUGAAGAGUACAAUCCUCUCCGCCAGCUGCUGCUGGAGCCCGGCAUUCCAGCAGUCAAGGCGCUGGCGGAGCUCUGCCGCACGGACAGGCAGCCGCUGGCUACGUCGAUCCUGCAGACGUUCAGCGAGUGCGGGCGCGGCGCGGAGCUGGCGCGCGAGCUGGCGGGCGCGGAGGUGUUGCGCGAGGCGGACCACCGCGCGCUCUUCCGCGCCGCCAGCCUCGCCACCGCCGUGCUCGACCACUUCAUGCACGCGCUCUGCAAGCCCUUCCUACAGGCGGCGAUAGCAGAAACGGUCCAGAAGUUGAUAGACUCCAAGCAAUCCGCUGAGUUGAACCCAACCAAGAUGGACUCUCCCGAAGAUGCCUGUAAUAAUGCUGAGUUUCUACUUUUGAUAUUAGAUCAGAUAACCCACUCGAUCUUCCUGACGCCGGAGUCGUGCCCGCGCGCGGUGCGCUACGUGUGCGGCUGCCUGCAGCGCGCCGCGCUCGCCAAGUGGCCCAGCGAGCGCUUCGUGCGCACGCGCGUCGUCUCCGGGUUCAUAUUCCUGCGGCUGAUCUGCCCGGCGCUGGUGGAGCCGCGCGCGUGGGGUCUGGUCAGCAGCUCGCCGCCGCCGCACGCGCAGCGCUCGCUGCUCAUGGUCGCCAAGUGUCUGCAGAACCUCGCCAACUUAGUAGAGUUCGGCGCUAAGGAACCCUACAUGGAAGUGGUGAAUCCGUUCAUUCUGAAGAACAAAGAACGAAUGAUCGCUUUCCUCGACCAACUAAGUUCAGUGCCGGACCCGGGCACCGCGCCUCCUAACACUAAUAAUAAUGUCGAUAUUGCCAAGGACCUGGCGACGCUGCACCACAUCUGCGUGUCGCACCUGAGCGAGCUGCAGACGCUGGGCAAGUCGCAGCCCGCGCUGCGCAAGCUGGUCACCGUCACGGAGAUGCUCACCAAGCACAAGCACAAGUACCUCGAGAUGAUCAGAUAGGACGCGCCGCUCUCCGCACAGGGUAACGAGUGACGGCGGCCGGCGUAGCGGACUAGUGGCCUCCUUACAACUUCCUUCACACCGGGGAUGGACUACAACAUCGAUUACUUUUAUAUCGAUUUUAUUAUAAAAUCGAUAUCACGAACACAACAAACGGUAUUCUGUGCAAUUUUUAAUAUUUUAUAUUAAUUUAAAACUGUGAUAAGAUUUUUUAUUUUUUUGAAAUUAUCGAUUUAUGUUUAUCGAUUUUAUAAUAUCGAUAUAAUCGUUGUUUGUAGCGGUCAUCCCUGAGCGGUGUAAUGUAGUCAUGUUAGCUUUAGCGUACUGGUAUCGAGCUUCCUCGUGCCAAAACUCUUGUAUUCGACUGUAUUUAUAUUUUUAAUGUAAUUUUCUUUUAUAUACUAUCGCAUUUUUUGUUAACAAAUGUCAGAGUUGUGUGCAGAUAUUUGAAACUUUUUAAUAAAAUGUCAAUAGCACAACUAUUCGUAGUAUAAAAAUAAUUCUUCAUAUUCGAAUCUGACGAAGUAGACUUCUUACCUAAUUGUAUAGUAGUUGUCGGAUAUAUUACAGGCUCGAAACAUCACACGAGUCGUUGCGCAGCACACAACUGUAUGUUACCUUGAACCGACAAUAUAUUUGAAAAGGACUAUAAUCAAUCGUCAAUUAUUAUUUAUUCAAGUUGUCCUGUCUAUUAACACAAGUCUUUGGUUGUAAUUUGUUAACAAAAAGUGCGAUAUUAAUUUGAAUCAUUUAUUUUGACUGCCUUAAAACAUAUUUUAAGCGUAAAAUCAUAGCUCUCUAGUAUUGUAAGACGUAUUUAUUGCUAGAUACUUUAGUAGACCGGUUAUUUUCGAAUUUUAUUUGACCUCGCGGCUUAAGACUAAGUGAGAAAAUUAUACUAUAAGUGAAAUACGGUGAUAGAAAUAACUUCUGAAUUUUGAGGUACGAUUUCGUAAGAUACGGUAGACGGCAAUUGGAUGAAUAUCAAUUAACUAGCUCUUCCCCUGCGGCUUCAUCCGCAUGAAAUUAUAAAACCUUUUUUUUUGUUUACAUUUAUCUAAUUUUCAAUUGCAAAUGACA